CAAACCCUGGUGCUUGCCAGGUCAUGCUUCAAGAAGACUACAGGAAGAACACAUUUUCUUCUUUCCGCAAAAGUUGGAAUAGAAGUUUGAGUCAAGCAAUGAGUAUUCUCAUCAUUGAGGCAUUUUAUGGAGGCUCCCAUAAGCAGCUGGUGGAUCUUCUCCAGAAAGAGUUACAAGAUUGUGUCCCUUAUACCCUUCCUGCAAAGAAAUGGCAUUGGAGAGCGCGGACAGCAGCUUUGUUCUUUGCUCAGAAUGUUCCCAUCAGUGAACGUUACAGGAUCCUUUUUGCAAGCUCAGUGCUUAACCUGACCGAACUGGCUGCCCUUCGGCCUGACCUUGGGAAAUUGAAAAAGAUUCUGUACUUCCAUGAAAACCAAUUGGUAUAUCCUGUCAAGAAAUAUCAGGAGAGGGAUUUUCAAUAUGGAUACAACCAAAUUCUUUCCUGCUUGGUGGCUGAUGUAGUUGUAUUCAACUCAGUUUUUAAUAUGGAGUCAUUUCUCACUUCUAUUGGGAAAUUCAUGAAGCUGGUUCCUGAUCACAGACCCAAAGAUCUGGAAAGCAUCAUCAGACCCAAGUGCCAAGUGAUUUACUUUCCCAUCAGAUUUCCUGAUGUGAGCAGGGAGCAUGACAAAGAUCCAGAGAGUUUUUUUAAGAUAUUAAUACAUCUAAAGAACUUAGGACUCAACUUCCACGUCUCUGUCCUUGGAGAAACUUUUACAGAUGUCCCAGAUAUAUUUUCAGAGGCCAAAAAGGCAUUGGGAUCUUCGAUCUUACACUGGGGCUACUUACCCUGCAAAGACGACUAUUUCCAAGUAUUGUGCAUGGCUGAUGUUGUCAUCUCAACAGCUAAGCAUGAAUUCUUUGGAGUGGCAAUGUUGGAAGCUGUAUAUUGUGGCUGUUACCCACUUUGCCCCAAAGCUUUGGUUUAUCCUGAAAUAUUCCCAGCUGAAUAUCUGUAUUCUACACCUGAACAGCUUUCAAAAAAGCUCCAGAAUUUCUGCAAAAGACCAGAUAUUGUAAGAAAACAUCUCUAUAAGGGUGAAAUGGCUCCGUAUUCUUGGGCAGCCCUACAUAGUAAAUUCAGGUCUCUGCUUACGACAGAACCUAGGGAAGAUUUGUGACAGAUGGGCUAAGUCACAAACUUGCAGCCUAAGGCAGAAUCUGAAGAACUUUCCAGAGUGUGCCCAUAUUUACCUGAUCAGAGAGAAAAGAAAAUCUGCAGAGGAAGCUGAGCCUGGCUGCUUGUCAUAGCUGACACAGAGCCAUCUGCCACAAACCUGUGGCGGCUUCAGAUCUCCAAUCCCUGCCACCACCCCAACUCAAAUUAAAUACAGAUUCCUAGAGACGUUAUGAUGGUUACACAUGUCCUCGGCAUCACAUGUAGGAGACUGUUCAAAAAAAAAUAUGUGGCCUGUUGUAUAACUGCACUCAUGUAUCCCAUAUGUGGUGCCACAUUGAAUUUCCGGUUGAAUCCGUUUUUAUCCUUUGUACUGGAUGACAUGGUGCCUGAAUUCUUUCUUUUCGCCGACACGAUGGCAGCCAAACUGCAGCUUCAAACGCUCACACUUGGCUGGGUUUCUACCUAGGUUGCCAGGUUAUCAUCGGAGCCUUCUUGUGUCCUCAAAGGGCCACGGGGCCUGAAAGGAAGAUCAGAAUGCUACCAGACUAAUUGGGCAGCCAUCUCAGAAUGGUUUGUGGGCAAAGGGCUGCUUUAGCACUUUUCUUUAAGCAAAUUAAUGACUCUCUGGCACAGGAGUUUUUAAGUGAAGGUAUUAAUAAGAGGGCUGGCAGGUAUUCCCAUGAUUCACAGAGUUACAUUUGCAUUUAAUUAAUCUUAAAGAAAGUUGCAAGAUAAACAGCUGUAAUUUGGACAGACAGAGCAAAUACAGUCAUUGCAGCCAUCUCGCCUAUCAAAAAAUUACCACUGAAAUACUUCUUCAAUUUUUUCCCAGAGAUAAAAAUAAAGAGAACAAAAUACUUCUAUAAUAAAGCCAGUAAUUUUGAUAGAAAUAUUCUUCAAAGGUAUUUGCAUCCUACCACAAGUAUAACCUUUUCAAGAUAAAUCACUUAUGAGUUCAAUAGUCAAACUGCUGUAUUUGUUGAUAUAAAGAUGUUUUGAACAGCUAGAUUGUAAAAUAAAUUUUUAAUAAAGUGCCCACUGCUAUUUUUAAUUAGCAUAUUCAUUUACAUAUAAGCAUGUACAUAUCUCUGUAUGCUUUUCACUGAAUGUUUUCCAUGUGUCAGAGACAACGAAUACAAUUGUUUCUUUUCUGGAUGAACAAGGAUCUGUUUUGCAAAUGUUUGUAAGAUAUUAUGACAUUUCCAAGAAUUUCCUUGCAUUCUGGAAAGCAGGAGGUAAACAUUUGUAGUCAUUAAGGUAAAGUCUGUUGAUAAACCAUCUUCUGUUUACUGACAGGUAAAUUGUAACUUCCCUAGCUCUUCAAAUGAGUAAGUUCUCUACACCACAGAGGGAGAAUCAUCCAGGAAGAGGUGGGUAGACAAAUGCCAACCCUGGCUGUCAGGCUUCUAGAAGGACUGAGUGGUCCAAGCAAGCAUUGGAGUUGGAAUGGACAGUGGCACUUGAGUCCAAUGGGACCCAUUUGAAGGGUAACAAAGUCAGAAGCCGAAGAUAGAGAUUAGGGAGCCAGACUUAGCCCUUGGGAUAAAGUCUUAUAGAUUAAAGUAAGCAGGAGUUCAGAAUUCAUGAGCUUGGGAAUUUUAAAAUAGUAAAGAAGCAAAAAUACUUCUAUUGCCCUCCUCCCUAUCCAAUAAGAAAUCCUUAGUGUAAAUGGGUCUUCUGGUCUUUGCUUAGUGAAAAAAUCACUGAACUAAUUGCUUUCUCAUCAUACAACAAAGGGCUUGGGAACUAUUUCCAAAGUCACUUCCCACCCAAAGUCUGUAGAGCUUGGGAUCUACUGGGGGUGCACCAUUUGGAAGCAGAACUAUAGGUAUGAGUAUGGAUAAAAUGUUCACGGACAUUUCUUUUAGGCAAGGUUAUACUUUAUACCAUCUAGUAAAAAUAAACCAAUCAGAAAUGUGCUGUGUCAUAGAAGACAUCUUCUCAAGAUAAUGUAAAUCUCACAGGCAAGAAAUGGUAUUUAAGUUUAACUCUGCCUUUCUAUCCUGAAAGCAGUGGGCUCACAUUUUAUGGUGGAUAAGAUCUUAUAUGUACAGUAACUAUCCAUGUGUUUUCUCACUAACUGUUGGGCAAAAAAACAAACAAAAAAAAAUUAAGUAUCUUUCAGAUGCUGCAUCCAAAACAUUUAAAUAUUUUUCU